AUGUCUUACCCAUACCCUACGCAUUUGCUUCCCCUCAGUUCCGAUAUGGAGGUUCCUCAUUCUGGCUUCGCGCCCAACUUCGGCGCAUCAGGCUCGGGCCAAGCAUCGACGGGCCACGGAGCCCAUGAUCCAACAGACCAGGAGCGUAGAGAUUCCAUCUUACAGGCGAGUCGUCGAAAAUCGAGACGCUCCUUGAACAAGCCUAAUGUCAGACUGCGGCAGGCCAAUAUCUCUGAUUCCAGCCAGUCUGGCCAAGCUGGGGACAAGAAGAGAAACAAGUUGGGCUAUCACCGCACCUCGGUAGCUUGUGACCAGGCCCCGUCUCAAACCACUGAACCAAGACCCAAACCGCAACCGACACCUGCCGGAGGAUCAAAGACCGCUUCCGCAUCGUCUUCUCCCGUUGUACUUCCUGGAAAAGCCCUAGAGAGAUCCCAACACUAUCAGCACCGUCAAGGAGGAGUUCUGCCCUCGUCACAAAACGUACUGCCGACAACUAUCCAGACUUCUGCGAUUGAGAAUAUUGGCCAGGAGCCCACAGUGCCUGCUUCGAACACUUCGACUUCUUCCCAGCGCUACGAUUUUGCGAACCCCCAAAUCACGAACUGGGUAUCACCAGAUGUUAGUUCCAACUAUGCAACACAGUCAGGCGACUAUAAGGAAACGAAGAAGUCUUACGCUGAACAGUCCCCGAUUACUCCGUCUCCGUCAUUCUCGCCGUAUACGUCUCAAGCCCUAUCGUCAGCUAGCUGGAGCAACGCAGAUGCCAACGCUCACAGCAACAUGGGAUAUUCGUCAUUCGCAAUGGGGAACUCUAUGGCAUACCCAAGAGGCACGCAAAUACCUUCACAAUAUCCCACGAUGCCGCAGCAGAGCCGGCAAUUCCCGAGAAGGUCUUCGACGCCGAUGACGACUGACAUGUACACCCCAAUUGCGACAAACUUCCCAAUUAUGGACCCACACACUGUUUCCAUGUCUGCAGGUGCGAACCCGCCUUCCGGUUACGGUACUUGGCCACAGCAGCAGCAACAGCAGCAGCCCCCUUACGGCUAUUCUAGGCCAUCCGAGGGAUACGAUACUUGGACGGCUUAUGAUAAUAGUAGCGGAAGCUAGACACUUCGUAGCCGUAACCGUCCUGCAUCGUCAACGGAAAAUCUUGGGAAACCCGAUCCCGAGCAUUCUCCUCCUGCUCCAAACUCCAUUGGAGGUGAUAUAUCACCUCCAGAGGAUGAGGCGGAGCUUGUGGUUGAGAAACGAGAGAAGAACAAGAAAAAAUAAAUAUCUUUAGCAAACAUGAGGCUGAGUAGGAAGGUAGUUCUAUUUCAGCAAAACCGGAAAAGUGUGUUCCAAGCGAUGGCUUUGAGUCCCUUGGAAGGAGUCGUGUUUUCGAUGCAUCAGACAUGGCGUUGGAUCGGCGCGAAGCGUUCGAAAAUGGAGCUGAUCCCCAGAACGAGAAACGACAGAAAGCAAGCAAUGGGAGUUGAGAGGAUUUCAAA